UUCAGUAAUUUUCCCUAUUAAUGAAUAUAUUUUCUUAAAUUGCAACAAAGCUAUCAUAUGUUUAUUAUGGCAAGUGUUAGGUACCAAACGUACAGUCGUUAUUUAAGGCGCAAAACCGUUUUUUGUCAAAAUAUGUAGUUGUGGCGCUAUGCGCGUUGAAUUACCCAUAAUGCUUCGAAAACGACGUCAAUAUGGCGGAUCAACUUGAAAGUGAGUCAGCAGCAGCCUUAUUGCAGUUUAAAAACGGGAUAAAAAUGACCAAUGAGAGUAAUAUAAUGAUAAAACAAGAAAUAACAGAUGAAGAGGAUGGCCAUGACAUGGAAAUCGAUGAAGAAUUACCAACGUUGGGCCCUGCAGCUUUGGGUUUGCAGCGGGUUGGUACACAGCCUCCUCCUAGGCCUGCUCCCACACAACCUACACAAGUUUUAAAUGCCAGAGGUAUGCCUGCUAGGAUAAGGAAAAAGAACCGACUGUUUUUUGAUGAUGAUAUUGUAAAUACUCCUCACCACAGAGUGCCGUCAGCAAAGAAACAAAAAGCUACACCGAUAAAAAAACAACGUGUUCACACUCCAGUAAAAGUUAAGGUUGAAAAGAAUGACAUCAAAUCCACACCUAAGAAGACUCCCUCUAGAGAAAGUAAGCCUAUUAGAUCAAAUUCUCCACCACCUAUAAAUUCUCCUGACAGAAAAAUUGGCCAAAAAAUUGGGUUGCGGUUGAGGAAUUUAUUGAAAUUACCAAAAGCUCAUAAAUGGGUUUGUUACGAGUGGUUUUAUAGUAAUAUUGACAGGUGUUUAUUCGCUGGUGAAAAUGAUUUUAGUAUAUGUCUAAAAGAAUCCUUUCCCGAACUUAAAACCAGAGAGCUGACAAGAAUAGAGUGGACGAAAAUUCGUAGGAUGAUGGGAAAACCAAGAAGAUGCUCCCAGUCUUUUUUUAAUGAGGAGAGACUAGAAUUGGAGAAGAAACGAAAGAAAAUUCGAGCUCUACAGCAAAGAAAAGCUACGGACCUAGCUAGUUUUAAAGAUUUACCACCAGAAGUCCCGAUGCAACUUGUUAUUGGUACAAAAGUUACCGCCAGGCUGAGAAAACCACAAGAUGGUCUAUUUACGGGUAAUAUUGAUGCCGUAGAUACAUCCAACAAUACAUACCGAAUUACAUUUGAACGACAAGGAUUAGGCACACAUUCCGUACCAGAUUAUGAAGUGCUCUCGAACGAACCCCCAGAGACAAUCUGCAUAUCGAGUUUUCAGAAUAAGUUUCGUCCUAGAAACGGGCUUUCUCCAUAUUCGCCAGUAAUAAAGAGCCCCAUUUUAAAUAAUCUGAAAUUAAAGAAGGAUCCACUACUUUCCGGGUCCAUGUUGAAUAAACCGGUGUUUCUUCCAACCAGCACAGAAGGUAAAAUAGGCGGCUUCCCGGCAAAACUUUUGGAAAAGAUGGUGCUGGUUACCAAAAUCCUUCAGGUCAAGAAGGCGAAAAUUAAAUUAUUAAAGCGUAUGAAUUCAGAAGCGGAAAAGUUAAAUUCCUUCGACCAGGAGAUUCCCGAGGACUUCGAAAGAAGGUACGCUAGUAUUUUAAUAGAUUUAGAAAAGUUAAAUCACGAUUUACAAGUGUAUCUGGACGAAAUGCAGAUUUACUGCCAUGAAAUUGCUCCGGAGCCCAGUGUGGCUGCGAUGCUAGCCCCUUCGCAUCUCAGAGAAAAGUGUAGAGAAGAGGCCUCGGACAUAGUGCAGAAACAUAAUUCCAUCAUCGCUUCAGACAAAGGCCCCUGUCAAAAUGAGUCGAUACUGGACCUGAUCACAGAUUUAACUGCUCUUUUACUGCAAGUAAAGAGUCUGUCUGACUCGGAUCAAAACGCUUAUGAGCUACAGGUGUUACAAGGAACCAUGGAACAAAUCAAACGAAAGUUGAGUCCAUGCAAUCAGCAGGUAUUUCAAACUAACGUAGAAGUUCAUAUGAAACACAUUGAGGUCGGUUUAACUGAAACGAAUCUAGACAAACUGUUAGUUGGAACGGUGGCGAAAAUAUGAUACCGUCUCGGGAGUGUUUUCAAAGUGUAAAUUUAUCAUGUGUAGAGUCUGGCGUUUUUUAUUUAUACAAUCUUUUUAGCAUAAGAUUCUGUGCAAUAUAUAACUUUAUUGUCAGUAAAAACUUUGUAGUAUAUUUUUAUUCUUUUGGAUCCAUCGUGAACACUACAUUUACAUAUGCAUCUUCAUUUAUUUUAUAUUCAAUUCAUCUUGUUAUUUUGAACGUGUGGCUAUGUAAUUUUGUAUAUUUCCUAGGUGUUAAUUAAUGUAUAUAUUAUUAUGUUUUUGA